GUUCCCGCUGAAGAAGGAGGAAGAGCGCAGCUCCGCGGAAUGUGUUGACACGCCAGAAUCCAGACUUUUUUUGCCUUUUCUCGUCGAUCCGCGGCGUCUUUGUUGCUUCCGUCGCCGUAGCCUAGAAUCUUUGGCUUUUUUUCUCCUGUCGCGUCUCCGUGAGCUGUUGAUGAUCUAAGAUGAAGGCUGUUUCUCCAGUCCGCCCCCAGGACCCCUCCUCCUCCUCCGGCAGCAGCCCGCUCUCGCUGCACUAUCUGUCGAAGCAGAGCCUGAACAUCGCCCGGUGCAGGAUGGAGGAGGAGGACCUGUUCUGCCUGCAGUACGACAUGAACGACUGCUACAGCCGACUGAAGCGCCUGGUGCCCACGAUCCCGCAGGAUAAGAAAGUCAGCAAAGUGGAAAUCCUCCAGCAUGUCAUAGACUACAUCCUGGACCUGCAGCUGGCCCUGGAGACGCACCCUGCUCUUCACAAACAACAGCGGCUCGGGACCUGCCCUCCUGCAGCCUCCAACCCCAACAGGACCCCGCUGACGGUGCUCAACGUCGACCACCAGAGGACAUCAGUAGUCAAAAAACCAGAAGACUCAAUUUUAUGCCGUUGAGAUGUGAGCACUGCACUGGUGUGCAGGCUGCACAGAGCCGCUCCAAAGCCAGCAAAGCUUCGCCAGGGACUCACACCCAACUGGAGGCACAAUCACAAGGGGAUUGCGAAACCACUGGGAGGAAUUAAACCCAAAUAAAACCACCAUUCACAUCAGAAAUAUCUCCCCUUUUUGGUGCAUUCAAGAAGGACUCCGUGCUUAAACACCUCCCUCCCACUUUGCUUUUUGCCACAUUUCUCUCCUAAAACCUAAAAAUAUCUCCAUGCUGAGAUUUUUUACCUUUUUUUUUAAACCCAUCUGCCAAGAGCUUUAUGGAAACUGUUUGUGAAACGUGCUUAAGAAAAAAUAACUAGACUCCAGUUUAAAGCUUUACUUAACAUUCUGUGUGAUUUGAGCAUCUAUUGUUUCAAAUAGAUGAUUUGUGUUAAACAGGGACGUCUUCCCUGGAAUCCUCAAAUGUUUGAUAUUGUAAAGAAGAACAAUUCCGAUUGAAAAGAAUUAGGAUUGUAAAUAAAGAGUCACAAAUGUUCUAUAAAGGUACAUGACAGAAAAACCUAUAUGCUUAAAUAAACUAUUGUAAUUAUAAGAUAUUUUUUAUUAAAACCUUCUCUUUGUUUUCUGUAAAUAUUGUGUUUCCACAAUAAUGUCGAUAGCUCUUUUCAGUGUUUCGAUCUAGUUCAAAAUGUAGCAUGUCGGGUUGAUUGCAGAGACAUUGAAUGUGCACUGAAGCAGCUCUGUGUGUAAAAAUCUGCUGGAAUCCACAUCGUUUCAUAUCUAUGAACUGUGAGGAGUUUGACUUUGACCUGCUCGCAGGGAGGGGUGGGUCACUCUGAUAUUUGAUAUUCUAGGAAGAACGGAUAUAAAUGAAAGUGACUUGAUCUGAUUUUAUGUUGCACUCACGUUAAAAGUUCAUCUAGAAGCAUUUCUGACAGUGUUAACUAUGUCAUGAAUUGAAACUAAUCACUGAAACACCGUGUAUCUUGUGUAUUUGCAGACUGAGCUUCUCCCUGAGAAGUUAAUGGUUGAUCCAGGAAAUCAUUAAGCUUUGGUUAUGAACUGAGGAAACAGGUGAACGUUACCUGACCCUGACAGGACAGGAAAUGUCUGUAGGUUGACGAUUUCUUUGUGGGAACAUCAGCAGCCAUUACGAAUCUAAAAUCAUGACGUGGGACACAGAAUUUACCUCACCACCCUCCUGCCAGCGUGCGAGGGCACUUGUACAUUUCUGUCAGCUGCACUGUUCAACUUGAUCUUCACUGGCUUGUGAGGAAUUGUCAAAACAAUUAAAGUUUCCAGGAAGAAUUG